AUGGCUAUCGCCGUCAAGCCCUCGUCCACAAUUCCCAGAAAGCGACCAGCCGAAACCCCAUAUCAGCUAGAUCCUGAUCAAACCCUGAAAGCAUCACAAGCUCUACUGCAGCAUGUGAAAACUGAGACCAAGCGCUUACAAGAGGCAUCUUCCAAGAAGAACCUGCUCGCCACCGGCGCCUCAGAUUCAGACUCGGAGCAGGGUGAUAGUCCCGACAGCGACAAGCCCAUCUGGCUAACUCUCACCACCAAACAACACAUCGUUGAUGAUCAUCGCCUAAAACCAAGCAAAAUUGCCGUCCCACAUUCUCUUAACACCUCAACUAAUUUGCGAAUUUGUCUAAUCACGGCGGAGCCUCAAAGAGCAGUCAAAAAUCUGGUUGCUGAUCCUACUUUCCCCGAACAUCUCAAAUCUCGAAUCGCUCAGAUUAUUGGCCUGACUAAGCUCAAGGAAAGAUACAAGACUUUCGAGACAAGAAGACAACUUGUGUCCGAACAUGACAUAUUUCUUGCGGACGACCGCAUCAUCAAUCGCCUGCCAGCUGUUCUAGGGAAAGUCUUUUACAAGGGCACAUCGAAGCGUCCUGUACCCAUCAUUGUCGCACAAUCAGAUCGAAAACAAGUACGAUCUCAACAAGAUAAAAAGGCCAAGAAAGAGACCUCUGCCAACUUGAAGACUCCAUUGGCACUCGCAAAAGAGAUUGAGAAAGCGAUUGACUGUGUACCAGUCAGCUUACGACCAGGCACCUCACUUGCUGUCCGUGCUGGUCUUGCCAGUUUUGAACCACACCAGCUUGUUGACAAUAUCUCUGCUGUUGUCACGAGCGUGAUCGAAAAACAUGUUGCGAAGGGCUGGCGCAAUGUGAAGUCUAUUCACAUCAAAAGCAACCUCUCUAUUGCUGUACCCCUCUGGUUGGCAGACGACUUAUGGACCGAACCCGCCGAUAUUACUGCGAUAGAGGCGGCAACAGAAGGAGAUGAUGAGCAGGGUCAGAAACGGAAGAGGAACCCGGCAACUACUAAGGGACCACAAGCAGGAGUUCGGAAGAAGACAAAGUUGGAGGAGACCAAAGAAGCCAGAUCAGAAACAGACCGCGCCAUGGGAACAGCAAGGAAAAGCAAACUAGCAGCUCAGAAGGCUAAAAUUUUUGCAGAGCCUUUGUAA